GAAGAAGUAUCCGGCGGCACUGGUUGCGGUUUCAGCGCCGCGCUUGUUUCACGGAUAUGGAGAAGUUGGAGGCUGCGGGGGCUGACACGUUAGGAGCCAGUGUUUUCUGUGAAUAACACAUAAAAUACUGGAAUUUAAACUCUGUUUACUCCUUUAACUACAGUAUAAACACUGAGGUAACCGCUUCAGUAACGCCGGAGCCCCAGGAAAGUAUUGUUUGAACUGUGUUCCUGUCCCAGUUCACACUGCUGGAGUUAACUGUAGCAUGAGCUAGCGGGCUAACCGAGCUGUCUCCAGACGUUAGGGUAGAUAAACGGAGGCAUAAACACAGCCUCUCACUCAGUGUAAAACUCAUUUAAUUAUGUUAGAUGUUUAACGUAGACAGACGACUGAAAUUCCCGAGUGCCUUGAUUCUGUGUUUACAUUAUCCAGCCUGUCUUCUAGUCAUGGCAGCCCUGUCAGAAGAGGUGCUCUUGGUGGUGAAAAGGGUCCGACAGAGGAAACAAGAUGGAACACUUUAUCUUAUGACUGAGCGCAUAGCCUGGGGCCCAGAGGGAAAGGAUCGCUUCACGGUCAGUCACCUGUACGCCGACAUCCGCUGUCAGAAGAUCAGUCCUGAUGGCAAGUCAAAGAUCCAGCUUCAGCUGGUUCUGCACACAGGAGAGAGUACCACUUUCCACUUUGCAAAUGAAAGCACAGCCCUUAAGGACAGAGAUGCUGCCAAAGACCUUUUGCAGCAGCUUCUGCCCAAGUUUAAAAAGAAAGCCAACAAACAACUAGAGGAGAAAAACAAGAUGCUACAGGAGGAUCCUGUGCUGUUUCAGCUGUAUAAGGAUUUGGUAGUGAGUCAGGUUAUCAGUGCGGAGGAAUUCUGGGCCAGUAGACUAAAGUUGAGUUCUGUAGAACACUCUUUGUCCAACAACAGCAAGCAGGAAGUGGGAAUAUCAGCAGCGUUCCUGGCAGACAUUAGGCCACAGACAGAUGGUUGUAAUGGUUUAAAAUACAACCUGACCUCUGACAUCAUCGAAUCAAUCUUCAAAACCUACCCUGCAGUCAAACAGAAAUACGCUGAAAAUGUACCACACAACCUGACGGAGAAAGAGUUCUGGACACGAUUCUUUCAAUCACACUACUUCCACAGGGAUCGCAUCAACACUGGACAGCAGGAUAUCUUUUCAGAGUGUGCCAAGCAGGAUGAAAAAGGUUUGAAGUCCAUGGUUGUGCAAGGUGUUAAGAACCCUAUGGUGGAUCUGCUGUCACUGGAGGAUAAAACGUUAGAUGAGGGAUAUGGAUCUUUAACAGUUGGCCCCAACUCAAGCAAAACAGUAAAGGAAAACAGCAACUCUGCCAUCAUUAAACGUUUCAACCAUCACAGUGCCAUGGUGCUGGCAGCCGGCCUACGCAAAGUAGAUGCACCAAGUGACCAGGCCAGUGAGACCAGUAGCACUGAUGGGAAUUCGAGAGACUCAGACUUCUUCCAGCCACCAAUUAAAAAGGUGAAAUUGCAAGAGGCCAUUGAGUAUGAGGACUUGCAGAAUGGGUCUGGGCCUAAAACUAUUGCUUUGAAUCUGAAGAAAUCUGACAGGUAUUCCCAUGGGCCAGUUCCUUUGCAGUCCCAUCAUUACUCCACCAGUCAAGAUAUCAUCAACUCAGUCAGCUGCAUUCAAGAAGAGAUAAGCUGCUACAAACCCUGCCUUACUCGGGUGAUGCCCAGCAGUGCAGCCAGUUCAGCUAUCACAGCCCUCUCUCCUGGAGGAUUACUAAUGCAAGCUGGAACCCAACAGGCUGUCAGCCAAUUGGUUCCCACUGAUGUUCAGAGUGAACUGAAGCACUUGUAUACAGCAGCAGGAGAGCUGCUACGGCACUUCUGGUCCUGUUUUCCUGUCAAUACACCCUUCCUUGAGGAAAAGGUGGUUAAGAUGCGGUCCAAUCUAGAGAGAUUCCAGUCAACUAAGCUCCGCCCCUUUCAAGAGAAGAUCCAGAGGGAGUACUUAAGCACCAACCUGACGAGCCACUUGGACGAAAUGAUCCAGGCUGCUUAUAACAAGUUCCAUGCCUGGCAGACACGCCGUAUGGCGAGGAAAACCUGAUGAAAGAGAGACUGGACAAAUUCACUUAAAUGAGGAGUAAUGACUAUUGGGGAAAAUGGAAAGAGGGCGAGGGAACUGGCUCUCCCUGUUAAGGUCGCUCUACCCAGAGUAAAAGUGUAGAGGGAGACAGGCCAUCUGUGUUUAGAUGGACGGGACUCAUCUCUCCCUUCAGAAUAGUCCAUGUGGAGAUGGACUACGCCAGUCACGAAACAUGUAGUUUUUCCUUUUCUCUUAUUUUGUUUGUAAUGUUCAACUUUGUUUUUGCUUUUUAUUUCUCCUUUACUUUCAGUGGAUGAGAAAACAUGUCUGGCUUCUUUGUUCAGGAUAGAAACAGACUUGUACUUUGACAGUGUUGAAUUUUAUGACCAAACUGUGGGCUUAAUGAUACCAGAGGAAAUAUUCUCAGGAACUAAAAAUGUUCAAUGCAAAGGAUUCUGGAAGAUGGGUGAGUUUUUUUAAUGAUGCACAGCAAAGGACUCAAUGAUAAGGAGGACUUCUUAAACCUUAUACCAUGUCAGUGCAAAGCAGUAUGGUUCGGUGGAGACUUGGGUCUCACUGGAUACCCAGAGGCCCUCGAUAAGGAGGGUGUGUGAAUAAAGCAAUACUGUAUAAAUACUGUUUCUGUUGUGUAUUACUGAAUUUUAUCCCAUGCAGAUACCUGACUGCACUGCUCUGUGUCUAUUUUUACUGCACUGAAGACACAACUCUGUAUGUUACUUCAAAAUAAAGUUAUCAAGAUUGCUACUGUA